ACGUUUCCUCUACCUCUUCUGUAUUUCGGGAACCAGAUCACAGGACUUUUCAGCACAAAGAAACUGAACCUGCCCAUGUUCACCGUCCUCAGGAGGUUUUCCAUCCUCUUCACCAUGUUUGCCGAAGGAUUCUUACUCAAGAAGAAGUUCUCCUGGAGCAUUCAGAUGACAGUAUUUGCCAUGAUCCUCGGCGCCUUCGUAGCUGCGAGUGCUGACUUGGCGUUUGACCUGGAAGGAUAUAUUUUUAUCCUCAUUAAUGAUGCCUUAACAGCUGCAAAUGGUGCCUACGUGAAACAGAAGCUGGAUUCAAAGGAGCUGGGGAAGUAUGGGCUGCUCUACUACAACGCACUGUUCAUGAUCCUCCCCACCCUGACCAUCGCCUACUUCACUGGAGAUGCACAAAAG